CCUCAGGCUCAGUGCAGUGAUUGCGAAGUCGACUGACAAGCACUGGAGUGUGUGACUGUGAGAGAAAGAAACACUGCUCGCGCAAACGCGUCCAAGCGCGAUCCUGGAAGCAUGGAGACGAAGAAGGAGUUCACGACCAUGGAGAACGGAUGGAGGCGCGAGGUGGUCUAUCGCAAGUCGGGUGCUACUGCGGGUCGUGCUGAUGUUUACUACCACAGCCCGUGCGGGAAGCGCUUCCGCUCGCGUCUGCAGGUGCGCGAGUUCCUCGGCGAGGCGUUCAACCCGGCCGAGUUUGACUUCCAUGCCACGCACGCGGCGGGCUACGUACCGCCAGCACGCACCAGCAGUAGCAGCGGCGGCGGUGGCGGAGCGGGGAAACCCCACCGCGCCAGCGCUCAGAGUCGGGCGCCGCGCCACAACGACUCGCGGCUGGCGCGCGCCGUGAAGAACCUUCAACAUCAGCGGCCCAUCAGCAGGCAACCGCAGCUGGAGCGCAACUACUGCGGCCUGGUCCGGCAGCCGGUCACCUGCCUGCUGCCCCAGUCGCACGACAUGGUACUGGCCAAGUGCGCGCCCGCAUCGACCGCGCAGAAGACCACGUUGCAUCUGCGCGACUCGCAGUGGAUGCACGAGCAGCGUCUGCACCACCUGCACCCCGUAGAUGGCCUCACCGGCGAGGCCGUACCGGUUGAGCAGCUCGCCUUUCACAACCGACCCAUGCCGCAGCUGCGCGCGCUAGCACCCAACGGCAUGCCCGUAUCGGGAGUCAAGACGAGCCCGGCCGCUGCCGUCAAAUCGCCGUCGACUACAAGCGCCGGCGCUGGAUCAACGGCAAUGAACUCACCCGCCGGUCGGCAACACGUGGCGGCAGGAGUGGUAAAAAGAGAGCCGAAUGUAACUUCGCCCGCCGCCAAACCCGUCGUCAUUAAGUCGCAGACUGCGACGCCACCUCUGCAUUCGCUCACGCCGCUCGUCAAGGCCGUGGCAGGAGCGUCACCGUUGCUAUCGUCCGCAAGUCCCAAGCAAGGCGUGCCCGUAGCGUGUCGGACGAAUGGACCGCAGGCCACUAUCUCGUCAGCUGCCGCAGCGGCAGCAGCAGCUCUCGCAAACUUCACCGGGGCUCAUGCGGACGCGAACGCAUGGGCGGGCGCAAGAAUAGGAGCGGCACCGGCAUCGAACAGUCGGCAAAUGGUCGCAAGUGUUGCCACGGCGCACGGCAAACUAAUACUUAACUCUACUAUCACUGAGCAUGCGCUGCAGCACAUACAUUACAUUCCACAGCAGCAGCAGCAGCUGCAGCAAGAAGAGCAGCAGCUACAGCAGCAGUUACCCCAGCAGCUACAGCAGCCGCCGCUGCCACCAGCAGCUCACUUUCAGCUAAUCUCUACCCAUGCUCAAACCCCCACUCUGCUCCUUCUGCCUACGGCGAGCUUGCCCCGGACGGACGCGAGCACAAGUCGUAGCGCGGACGCGAGCACAAGUCGUAGCGCGGACACUGCAUCGAUAUCCGAUAUGGACAUACACAUACAGGAGGAGCGCGUACGGCAGCUUAAAGAAAAGCUCUUACUAGCGGCGGGCAAAUAGCAUACGCCCAGCCGGCCAUCAGUUCUUUAUCAUAGAGGAUCAAGUCUCAGCCGUAGUAGCCCUGUCAGUUGCUAACUCCGUAGCGUGCAGAAUUCCGUCGGCCGGGCGCUACGCAGAGUGGAUCUUUGCCGCGCCGGUGGUACACUCUGCCAAUCCUGUUUGCCGGGCCGUUGGGCUAGAAUUCCACACUUGCCCCAUAGUGUGCUCGGCUGUUGAUCCUGCAUUCGUCUGUGUCUAGAAUCGUAUCCGCAUCACACUUUGCAGCGCACGCCGAGGUUGAAAUAGGGCCGCUGUGCCGUGCGCUGGGAAGAGAAGAGCUCUGCUGGUUUGGGUCCAACGCCAGCAGGAUUUGAUUGUGACCGAGGCACACGCGCCAGGGCGUAACACAUGCCGCCACGCGUACGGGAUCGUGUCCGCCGGGCAUCUUCACGGUGUUGUUUGACCAAUACUGCCCCCCGGUCAGUCCGCCGGGUGUUGGCCGUUAAGUUACCGUCUGAAAGCUCGCUCGCGCUUCUCCUCGUGUGUGCUGUGGAGCCCGCCUUGCCGCUGCUAUUACGGUCCGUUGUCAUCCGUCUUGCGGCGUAGCAAACGCGCACUUGAGAUGUAUCGCCGCUUCACGUCAACUAUGCCUGCUUCCGCUUACCGCCGCUAGCGUUUGCCACCGCCGCUGCGUCUGGAUUUCACAUAUGGAUAUAUUGGUGACUACCUGCUCACGUGAUGCGUGUGUGUGAUUGUUUUUGUUGACGCAUUGCUGCCGCUGUAUUCCGCUUUCUCCCCUUAGUUCUUUUCCUCCUGUCUCCGUCGUCGCCGCUCGUCGUUCAUCUUUGACAAAGCGUGCUGUGCCAGAGGCCUCUGCCUCCCGGACCAUCAGCCCUUGUCCCAGCUUUAAGGAAUGUCUGCACUCUGAGGACAAACCCUAGUUCGUCGUGCUACAUCCCGCGCUCUGCUCUGUUCUCCUGCCAUGCUCUUUCUUGUACUAUUUACUUGUGUGCGCCGAGUUCUUCCUUGACCUGCGCUUCUAGAUCUAUUGUUUUAUCUCCUUUCACGCGCUUGUUUUUUUGGUUUGCUGGCUACUUUUCUAUCAGUGGUGUACCUCGUGCUUGUUGAUGGAUGCCCACCCUUGUGUGUGUGUGUGUGUGUGUGCGCGCGCGUGCGUGCGUGUGUGUGUGGCCGUGUAUGCCUGCGUGUGUUUUUUUCUUCUAGUACCAACUUUAUAGGCACCGACUUUCUGGAACUCUCCAACCCCUCUCCCCAUGUUGUCUCUCAUUCAUGUCUUGCCGUUGAGGUUGCAUUCUAUCAUCUCUUUAUGAGUUCAAAGCCGUAUUUGUGUGUAUUCCGAGAGUACUAUUGACAUCUGGUCCCCCAGCCUUCCACUGCCUGACCGCUGCUCACUUUCAUGUAUGGUUUAUCAGCUGUCUGAGCUUGUAUUGUACCGCGUAACCGGUGUGCGAUAUUCUUACUUCGAAGUAUUUGGCAAAAUAUUUUCCGUGCAGUAUCAGAAGCAGCGUGUGUGCACCAUUUACUGCUCCCUCUCUCUCUCUCUCUCUCUCUCUCUCUCUCUCUCUCUCUCUCUCUCUCUCUCUUUCUCUCUCUCUCCCUCUCUCUCUCUCUCUCUCUCUCUCUCUCUCUCCUGAGAACCGCUCCGCUAGGCCGCUGCGCAAGCCACUUCCUUAUACGUACGAUCACUGCUCUCUCCUUUCGCAGUAGGGCUAGGUGUAGGCUGCCUUUCAUAAGGAUCCCGUUGCGCACUGCUUCCUUAUACGGAUUGCCGCUGCUCUAUCCUUUCUUGAAAUGGCUGGUUGUGGUUUGACGUUUACCAUUGGCUUGCAAGUCCUGUAGACUAUUGGUCUCCAGUGCACAGCAUUUCCGGCGAAGUUAUGCAGUCGGUGACUUGGUCGUGUUACUGAACUCAUGCUA